AUGGCUCUUGAUGCUGCAAGCAAUGGGAACUUCAACACCAGAUACCCAGACGAAGCUGUUGAGCUCAUCGAAAACUUGGCAUCUAGCAAUAGUACAAAGAAUGCAGACUAUCAGCGAAAGAAGCAGGGUGGAAACAUGGAUGGAUCGCAGAUUGCUGAGGUGAAGGCUAAGCUAGACUCUGUGCAUAGCCUUCUAGUGGGUAAGAAAUCUGUCAGAUACCCUGCAGAAGUUCAGAAUUUCGGACCAGAUGAAGCACUUGAGGAAGAGGAUGUUAACUUCAUUAAUGGAGCUGGAUUUCAGGGUCAGAGAUUUGGUACUCAGCAAGGGAACACGAAUUACAAUGGAAAUAUUCAGAGGAGUAGCUUCACAGGUAAUCAGAACUCUUCUGGUUACAGCUUCAAACCUCAGUACCAGACAUCCUACUCCAUCAACAGUUUUUCAAGGAACUAUGGUUCUCCUCCUCCUCAAACUCCAGAUAAUGAGGUGAAAUCUAUGCUGGAACAGAUCUUGGAAGGUCAGCAGAAGAUGACUGUGGAUUUCAAUGGGAAGUUUGAUGCUCUGUAUCUGGAUCUGAAUGGAAAAAUUGAAGUUCUGAACACUCAUGUCAAGAAGCUUGAUACUCAGGUUGCUCAGACUGCAGAGUCUGUAAAAAGGCAAGAAGGAUUCUUUCCUGGGAAGACUGAUACCAAUCCUAGGCAUUACUGCAGUGCCAUCUCGUUAAGGAGUGGUAAGAAGUUGACUCCUGUGCUUAAAAAGGGUGUUUCUGAGGAUGAAAUCGUGGAGUUAGACGAAUCUGAAGAAAAUUUUGAAAUUGCUCCUACUCUCAGACACUAUGUGAAGAGGAUGGUGACUAAUAAUCUGAGUCAUGAGGAAGGAGUGAUGAUGAUUUCUGAACAGGUCAGUGUUGUGAUUCAGAAUAAGAUUCCAGAGAAACUCUCGGACCCAGGAAACUUUGUUUUGGACUGCUCUAUCUUCUCAAAGAGGUUCAAGAGAUCGCUGUGUGAUCUUGGUUCGAGUGUUAACCUAAUGCCAUACUCUGUAGCUGUUAGCCUUGGGAUGACUGACUUCAAGCCAACUAAGAUCUCUCUAAUCCUAGCAGAUCAAUCUAAAAGAAUCCCAAAAGGUGUCUUGGAGGAUGUUCCGAUUAAAGUUGGUGAGUGCAUAAUUCCUACGGAUUUCGUGGUUCUAGAAUAUGGAGAGGAACCCAAAGAUCCUCUUAUCUUGGGAAGAUCGUUUUAA